CUAACUGACUUUAUUUGAUACUACUACCAGGUUUUGAAGAGUGCUAGUUUUCUCUUUCAAAUAAGGAAAUGGACACAGAAAGAUCAAUAGAAGACCAAUUCUCCAAGCUACAUCCUUCUUUACCACAAAACACAAGAAUCGGAAUAAUCGGUGCUGGUCCAAGUGGCUUAUCAGCUGCUUAUGCAUUAGCCAGACUUGGUUAUAAGAAUGUUACAGUUAUGGAGAAACAUCACACAGUUGGUGGCAUGUGUGAAUCAGUAGAAAUUGAAGGAAAAGUUUAUGAUUUGGGAGGACAAGUUCUAGCUGCAAGCAGUGCUCCAGUCGUCUUUCAUUUGGCGAAAGAGACAGGCUCUGCAUUAGAAGAAAUGGAUUCUCACAAGCUUGCUGUUGUGGAUCCUUCAUCAGGAGAAUAUCUUGAUACUAAAGUUGCUGAUGAUUAUGUAUCUGUUAUGUCACUUACAUUGGAAAUACAAGAAAAAGUGAAGAAUUGUGGUCGUAUCGGAGUUCACGCUGUUAGCGAUAUUGCUUCAGACUUAACUCCAGAGUAUCUAGAAUGUCAUGGACUCAAAUACGUUCCUAAAUCUGUAGCUUAUGGUUACACUGCUUCAGGAUAUGGAUUUGUUCAAGACAUGCCUUAUGCAUACCUUCAUGAAUUUACUCGAACGUCAAUGGCCGGAAAAAUUCGAAGAUUUAAAGGUGGAUAUACAAGUCUUUGGCGGAAGAUUGCUGAAUCACUUCCUUUUAGAGUUCUAUGUAACACUGAAGUAUUGUCAAUCAAACGGAACUCAGACAGGGCCGUGGUUCGUAUCAAGAACUUAAAUGUAGUUGAAUCAUUGGAAUUCGAUAAGAUCAUAAUUUCUGGCUCGUUUCCAUUCAAUUAUGGAAGAAUUUACCGAUCGCCUUCUACUUUCAUAGAAUGCGGAAAAGAAGUAAUGGAUGCAAGUGAUCUUGAAAAAGAUUUAUUCAGCAAAGUCGAGACAAAUGAUUACUACACCACAGUUUUGAAGAUCAAAGGGCUGGAACAUUUUCCUAUUGGAUUUUAUUAUUUUAGUAAAUAUAUGGAAGAUCCAAGCACAAUUGGAAAUCCAGUUGCAAUGCAGAAAUUUUAUGAUGACAGUAAUAUAUUCUUGUUCUGGUCCUACGGAAACUCGGUUGAUAUUAAGGGACCAACUGUCAAGGAGCUUGCAAUAAAGACAGUAGAAGCAAUGGGAGGGGAAAUUGAGAGUUUCAUUUUUCAACGCCGCUUCAAAUAUUUUCCUCAUGUUAGCAGCCAAGAUAUGAAAGAUGGAUUCUAUGAAAAGUUGGAAUCAGAGCUUCAAGGAUCAAAUAAUACUUAUUAUGUUGGUGGUCUUAUGGCAUUUGAGCUUACAGAAAGGAACUCGUCUUAUGCCAUGGCUCUAAUUUGCAAGAACUUUGCCAACAGAAAUGAUUUGCCGACAUUUCCUUACACUAAGAAUUUGUUUCCCUUGCAAACUGAGCUACAAAAGAAGAACCCUAAAGAAUUAGAUGAAUUGCCAGAAGUGAAAUUUCCGAAUUUGCCUACUUUGAAUAGCUACUUAAAGUACUGGGGGACUCAUCCGAUUACUCAAAAUAGGACUCUUUAUACAUGGAUUAACGAAGAAGGGAAUCCGGUGAGCCGCAGGACCUAUGGAGAACAGCAUUUUUAUUCUUCUUGUGUUGCUCAUAAGCUCUUGACGAGCCAAAAGCCGGUUAUCAAGCCCGGUGACCGAGUUCUCCUUGUCUACGUCCCCGGUUUAGAUUUUAUAGAUGCGUUCUUUGGAUGCCUAAGAGCUAAAGUCUUGCCAGUUCCAAUUAUUCCCCCGGAUCCCAUGCAAAGAAGUGGACAGGCACUAAUGAAAAUUGAAAAUAUUGCCAAGUCAUGUGGCAUUGUUGCAAUUUUGUCAACAUUAGCUUAUCACUCAGCUGUCCGAGCAGGUUCUUUGAAAAAUUUGAUUUCACUAACACGGAAAAAUGGAAAGUCAUCCAGCCGUUGGCCAAAUCUUCCGUGGUUGCAUACUGAUACCUGGGUCAAGAACUCUAAGAGCAUUGUUUUGGAGCAUCUUGAUGAUCAAAACGAACCACAGCCUGACGAUACAUGUUUCUUGCAAUUUACCUCGGGAUCAACUGGUGAUGCUAAAGGAGUCAUGAUCUCUCAUGGAGGGCUAAUUCAUAAUGUGAAGUUGAUGCAAAGUAGAUACAAAAGUACCUCAAGGACUAAACUGGUAAGUUGGCUUCCUCAGUAUCAUGAUAUGGGGCUUAUUGGAGGACUUUUUACCUCUCUUGUUAGUGGUGGAUCUGCGAUUUUAUUUUCACCUAUGACAUUUAUCAAGAAGCCAAUGUUAUGGCUUGAAAUCAUCAGCAAGUAUCAAGCAACUCAUAGUGCCGGCCCUAACUUUGCCUUCGAGUUACUAAUCCGAAGGUUAGAGUCUGACAAGGAUAAGAUUCGGAAUUUAGACCUUUCAUCUUUGGUUUUUCUUAUGACUGCUGCUGAACCAGUGAGACAGAAGACCUUGAAAAGAUUCAUUGAGUUAACAACUCCUUUCGGCUUAUCUCAAAAGGUGAUGGCUCCUGGAUACGGCUUGGCAGAAAAUUGUGUCUUUGUAAGUUGUGCAUUUGGAGAAGGUAAGCCUAUUAUUGUUGAUUGGCAGGGAAGAGUUUGUUGUGGGUAUAUUCGUCCGGAAGAUAAAGAUAUCGACAUUAGAAUUGUUGACCCAGACACUUGCGAAGAGUUUCACGAAGACGGGACGGAGGGAGAAGUCUGGAUUAGUAGUCCAAGUGCAGGAGUAGGAUACUGGGGAAGGGAAGAAUUGAGCCAGAAAACUUUCAGGAAUGAACUUACAAAUCAUCCCGGACGUAAAUACACAAGAACCGGAGACUUGGGACGAAUAAUAGAUCAGAAGCUAUUCAUCACUGGAAGAAUCAAGGAUCUUAUCAUUGUUGCGGGGAGAAACAUUUACUCGUCUGACGUGGAAAAGACAGUUGAGACUUCAUCUGAGUUUCUUCGUCCCGGUUGCUGUGCUGUCAUAGGUGUCCCUGAGGAAAUUCUAUCAGCAAAAGGGAUUUCCAUUCCAGAUGGCUCUGAUCAGGUUGCGUUGGUUGUGAUUGCAGAAGUAAGGGACGGUAAGCCAGUUAGCAAGGAUGUGAUUGACAUCAUUAAGAUGCGUGCGGCAGAAGAACAUGGAGUCAGUCUUGCUUCUGUCAAGUUGAUCAAGCCUAGAACCAUCAGCAAAACUACAUCGGGAAAGAUCAAGAGAUUUGAAUGUCUCAAACAAUUUACAGACGAGACACUGCACUUGGUACCUCUACGUACGAAACCUAUGAUGACAAAGAAAUCUAAGGUAUGGCCAUUUACUGCAUCAACCUGCAGAGAAGAAAAACCAUUCCAGCUCCAGCUAGUAAGAAGUUCACCUGCAGAUAGUAAGAGGAUCAAUAAAAGCGACAUUGUAGAGUUUCUGAAAAUUCUCAUUUCUGAGCAGACUGGAGUACCAAUCAACAAUGUCUCAGUCACUGACAACCUCACAUCCUACGGAAUUGACUCAAUUGGUGUUGUUAAAGCAACUCAAAAACUCUCAGAUUUCCUUGGAACACCAAUUGCAGCUAUAGAUGUUUUCACUGCAUCAUGCAUCCUUGAAUUGGCUAGCUUCUCAGAGGAUCUUCUGUCAAAGACUCAGCCUCAGAUAGUGAGAAGUAUACCUGUCACUACUAAAAGGAUCAAUAAGAACGACAUCGUAGAGUUUUUGAAAGCGCUUAUUUCUGAGCAGACUGGAGUAUCAAUUGACAACAUCUCAGUCACAGACAACCUGACAUCCUAUGGAAUCGACUCAAUUGGUGUGGUUAAAGCAACUCAAAAACUCUCAGAUUUUCUUGGAACACCAGUUGCAGCAAUAGAUGUUUUCACUGCAUCCUGCAUUCAAGAAUUGGCUAACUUCUCUGAAGAUCUUUUAUCAAAGACUCAGACUCAGCUUUCAAAUAAUCCAUCCGAUGUUCCAGAAGCGGAAAUUGAUUCAACUGAAUCAGUUGUGGAGGUAUCCAAGUCUCGCCAGUUGGGUAUCCGUGUACUUCAAUUCCUGGCUCUUAUUUAUAUCUCAAUCAUGCUGGCCUCUCCUGCCUAUCUAUCCAUAACUGCUUUUACAAACUCCAGCCUAUGUGCCAAUAAAUCAGUAGCUGGAGUUCCUUGGUUAAAUUACAUAAUUUCGCUGGUUUUUACACCUCUUGCUUGGAUGCUUUGCAUUGCUUCUACUUGCAUUUGCAUUUCAGUGUUUGGAAGUUCUUUAUUGGGGCAAAACUAUAAACAUACUUCUGACAUCUCCAUUUAUUCAAUGGAUUUUGUCAAGUGGUGGACACUAUAUAAGGCUCAAGAAAUUUCCUCUAACGUUUUGGCAACACACCUCAGAGGAACAGUGUUUCUGAACUACUGGUUUGAGAUGUGGGGUGCAAGAAUUGGAUCAUCAGUUCUUCUUGAUACAGUUGACAUCACAGACCCGGCUCUGGUGUCAAUCGGAGACGAAGCUGUCGUUGCGGAAGGGGUUUUGGUUCAAAGCCAUGAGGUAAAGAAAGGAGUUCUAAGUCUCCAUCCCGUUAGGAUUGGAAACUGUUCUUCUAUUGGACCUUAUGCUGUUAUUCAAAAAGGAAGUGUUGUUGGAGAAAGUGUUGAAGUAAAGGCUUUGCAAAAGGUUGGAGGAGGUGAACAUGUGCUAAAGCCAAAUAACCUUGAUAAUAUUGAUAAGGUAUGUUCCAUUACACAAUGCUUACAAAAAUAAGUUAUAUAAUCUACGCAUAUAUUUUCAUGAUAUUUUAUAUAACUGAUAAAAAUAUUUUAUACAUAAACACUUACAUGAUAAAAACUCAUGUUAUAAACACUCA